UUCCCCGAUUACCCCGAAAGGCAGGCCGCAGAACAACUCUGGCGGCUCAGGAUAGCAAAGUCUCAGAUUCCAAAUCUGAUAGACGCUGCCGUGCACGAGUUCGAUAGGUUCUUCCGAGAAGCUAGGGCAUAUACCCAUAUUGCCCAGUUCUGCUCUGACCGGGAAAGAAUUUAUUUUCCAUGGUUUCAUGGCGCGGUCACCACCCUGGAUAGAACCCGAUUCUCUUCCGGUCAUGCCCAGCGGCGAGCAAUCGUGCUAGAAGCCAUCAAACCGGACAUCCGCUCUCGACGCAUUCUAGCUGAAUCCCCUUCUCCAUCACCUGAAAGCUACUCCGAGAGCUGCCUACAAACCCUCACCACUCUCCACUUAAGCCCAUUCGAACAGGAGUGGUACCGUUCCUUGUUAUCUGACCGACUUCGUCGCUUGAAUGCCUUGCAUCGCAUGGGAAUCACCCACGGAGACGUGCAGGACUGGCAUUUCCGACUUCCUGACGACUUCCACGAUACAGUCUUAUAUGACUUUUCUGAAGCAUACACGUUUUCACCCAAGUUGCCGUUUCGGGUCAAUCACGGCAAACCCCGGCCAUUGAGACGUAUAGCAGAGGGUGAACGUAGACGUGUUGAAUUACAAAAUCGAAGAACGGCUCGAGAUCUACGUUCCCACCUCAUCAAGUCCAGUUCAGAACAGCUCGUGGAUAGUGCUCUCUGGCAGCCGCUGGAUCAGGAGGAAAUGUUAGAAUUGAUCAUAUUGAAAGUCUGGACUCGUCCGGAUUAUUUCUCCAUGCCAACCCUAGCAUCCAUCCUCCCAUUCCUGGAAUAUCUCGGCCGAAAGCUCGAUCCAGGGUGGUGUAUUCGGCGCGCGCGGGUUCUAGAUCGGUAUAUGUCUAUUUGGGCUGUUUCCCAUGACAAUGGGAUUCAGUCCAUUACUACUACCGAUGAGGAGGCGCGGUUUGGAAUGGGUGAUGGGCGGUAUGUGCUGUGCUUGGUGCCGAAGUUGUGGGGGUUGGAGGGUACGGUAUUGUAUGAGAAGCUCUCCGAUGCUUGUAGGUCGUUUGUGUUGAGUGGACGGUCGGGAAGGAUUGUUGAGCGGGGGAGUUUCUAG